AUGGCCAAUGGACCUCCUCGCCUUGCCGCCGCAACAACAAGAGGACGCGUCGUGGUGGAACCGGUGGAAGCCAGGCGGAUGGCAGGCACGAUACACACGAUCGGAGCAUCGCUCGAUGCAAUCCUCAAUCCACUCGCAGCCACGGUCAAUGACACGCUUCAGACGACCUCCAACUUUCUCACCUCGCCCAAGACUCACCGUGCCAUCGUGAGAUCCAUCAUCUUCUCGGGCGUCAUCAUCUUCAGCAUCUGCGCUGCCGUCAUCGGCUAUCUCUCCUUCUAUUGGCUCUACAUACCUGAGCUUGGCCUUAGCCAGCCUGCAUGGCUACAAUACGGACAGGGGAGACCGCCCUUCGCCAUCGUGCCGCUCAAGGGCGCAGGCGAGCUCGCCAGUGAUCAGCCGUACGAUAUCACGCUUGACUUGCUCGUGCCCGCGAGCGAACGCAACAUCGAGCUCGGCAACUUCAUGGUGACCGUAGAGCUCAAGUCCGCAGACAACACCACUAUCCUCAGAGCCUCACGACCCGCUUCACUCGCCUACGAAUCUGCUCUCGUUCGCUCACUCCACGCACUCACGAAUUACAAGACACUUUUGAGCUUCUCACGCUCGCAGAUCCAGUACAUCAACGUCCGCUUGGUCGACAGCGCCAUCUUGCAGCACUCUGGUCGCAAAAAGAUUGCAAACGCGAUCGUCGAAGUCGGCAGAUGGGAUUCUCAUCAGCUCUUGCUAGGAGCACCCUCUGCCACGCCGGUCAACCCAAACAUGCUAGGCUCGCAAGAUCAAGCCGUCGCAUCCGUGCUGAGUGCCCUUUUGGCCGCUCAGUCGCGAGGCUCGACCAUCAAUGCUGGCGAGCUGCAAGUCUACGAAAGCACGCUGCGCUUCGAUGCCCACUUUGAAGGCCUUCGGUAUAUCAUGUACAAUUAUCCCAAGGCUUCUUUCAUCGUCUUCACGUCUAUCUUCACGUUCUGGGAGAUCUUCGCCGCCCUCUCUGCCUGGGCUGUCAUCGCAUAUCGCAGAGGGACCAUCACCCCCUUUGAUGCCCCGUCGUAUUCUCGUGUCAGCGGCAGCUCGACUGGCUAUGACGACGGCAAGCCCGGCCCAGGGAUGACUUCCUCUGGCAUGCGGAGGAUCAAGCGAGAUCGCGAACGAGCGCAGACAGAAACUCGCAGACGGUUUGAUGAGAUCGACAGAGAAGAAGCUCUCGAGCGCGAGAAAAUCCAGGAUGCCUACGAGCGACGGCGGAGCAAUCGCGAGAGGAUGGAUCCCGAGCCCGCCGGUCCUGCGCAAGGUUCUUCGCGCGAUCUUGGCAUCGUCGCAGAGGCUUCGGAUGAGGAUGCCGUCAAGUCUGAAGAGUCGUGGGAGGGCAUGGAGGCGGCAAGCGGCGACGAGGAGACGGAGACGGAAGCCAGGAUCGGCCAACGGAUCAAGCGAGAAGCAGAUACAGAGAGCGAAGGCACCGUUGGCGGGUCUGCAUCUUCGCGAGCCCAGAGCAGACGCUCCCUCGGAUCAAGUCGCGCUACUUCUCGGACCGUCACGAGCGCAAGCGCACCCUCCGUCGUCAGCGCUGGCGAAGAACGGUCGAGCGCGAGCGAAGAAGGUCAAUCGGGCGAUAACCUUGCUGGCGAUACGACGAGCGAGCAAGUCACUGAGGAUGAUGAUGUCUAG